UUGCGUCACACAGACCAACACUUGCUUCUUGCUACAUCAGCUGACUGAUGACUGUUAUCUAGUAUUUUUAGCCCGAGCGAGGUGGUGGUACUGUCUUACAGAGGUCAACCUUGUACAUUACCACGGGCAGAGGGAGGUGAAACUUUGCGCUUGUCAAAGCACAACAUCUAAGUCAUCAUGGCGCCAACUCUGUAUGAUGAGAAACCAGAGAUUGGGGACCUGAUAGAGAUCUUCAGAGGAACAUACCAGCACUGGGCUGUAUACAUUGGAGAUGGAUACGUCAUUCACCUGGCUCCACCCACUGAACAGGCAGGAGGUGGAGCCUACAGCAUGAUGUCAGUGCUGUGUGACAAAGCCAUCGUAAAGAAAGAAGAAUUGUGGGAUGUUGUGGGAACCAACCAGUGGCAGAUCAAUAAUCUCCUGGAUAAAGAGUAUGAGCCGCGGCCUGCCCACGUGAUCAUACGGGAGGCUGAGAGCCUCUUGAACCAGGAGCUGCCCUACUGUGUUUUUCGGGGCAACUGUGAGCACUUUGCAACGGAGUUGCGAUACGGCAAGGCGCAGUCACGCCAGGUACGCAAAGCUGUGGAGGUUGGCGUUGGGGUGGGAGUGGCUGCAAUGGUUGGUGUGGGACUUCUAGCUCUUGCAGCAGCUAUGUUUGGAAGUGGAAGCAAGGAGAAGGAAAGUAAAAGUAAACGCUAAAUACAAGACCAACAUCAUUCCUUAUAGUAACAUAAGCACAAUACCACCAGCAGGCCUUUGUAAAAAUAAAAACUCCGAAUUCGCCAUUCAUCUCUUGAAUCCUGAAAUACAUCUGUCAGUGACAGGCGGAUGGGCCAUUCUACCUGCUGUCGUGAUUUGACAGUUUUUGUAGGUUUUUAACUCUCUCUCGUGACAGUGCCAUAUGUUAGUUUAUAUCUUGAUUAAGCUGCUUUCUCCUAAUAUGACGCUAAUAGUGGACUCAGUUGAUGUAAUAAGCACAUAAGAUAGUGACAAAGCUAGUGGAUGUGUCUCAGAGUUAACAGAGUUAAUGCCUCUCUCUCAGUAGGCAGAUCAGUAACACAACUGACCAUUUUUAAACCACUGAUUGACAUUUAACUGAUAGUAGGUGACUGAUUCGAUUUCAUCAUUUAUAAGUUGUCAGGUAUAGUUAAAAAGAGAAUGCACAUGAAUUGAAACAGAAUUAUCUAAUAUUUUUACACGUUAGAACAAUUGAAUGCAAAUUAUUGGAAUUUCAUAGAUGCCACAGUUUUUUUGUAAAAUAUUAAUGAAGAGGAUUAUAACAAUGUUAUUAUGAUAUAUAUUUGAUCAAACCCUUUGUCAAUAAUAAAGUGAUUUGAAACUUA